AUGGAUUCAGAUAGAGGUGCACGCAAGAGAGACAGGUCUAAGAGUUAGAAGAAGAGAAGAUCAUCUAGUUCAAGUAGUUCUGAUUACAGCAGUAGGAAAGUAGUCAAGAGACAAAGAACUACUGCUCCUGGAGGAGGUGGCGGUGGAUUUUCUAAUUUCUCUGACAAGCCCCCUGAGGAAUUGCGCACAAAGAUGACUACACAAGAAAUCCUAGAAUACUAUAAGUAGUUCAACCCUAACUAGGGUCUUACCAAUCACAAUAAAGCAGAGAGACAACUUUACGUUGGUAAUAUUCCUCCAGGCCUUUCAGUUCCUUAGAUAAUGGAACUUUUGAAUACAGCUUUAAAAGAAAUAGGCAAAGAUAGUAGUUUGUUUUAAGAUGGCGACCCUAUUGUUGGUGCUUGGAUCAGUAGUGAUGGACAUUACGCCUUUGUUGAUUUUAGAACUGCUGAAGAGGCUACCCAAGGAUUUAUCCUUUAAUAAGUCUCAAUUCAUGGAAAUAAUCUAAAAGUUGGAAGACCAAAGAAUGCAACUGGGCCUAUUCCAAAUCCAGCAUAACUACUGGCAGGCAAUCCAAAUAUGGCAUAACCCAAUUAGAUGAAUAUGAAUUAAAACAAAAAGAAGUCAAACAUGAUGCCAUCAGGAUUUAAGUCUGGAAUGAUGGGCGAUUCUGCCAACUAAGUAAUCUAAUCCAUGAAUACAAAACUCAUGGUCAGCAAUUUCCCCGCCAAUCACACAAAGGAAAUGAUUUAAUAGAUAUGCGAAGUAUUUGGUAAGGUGAAGAACGUAGAUUUACUUAAGGAUACCUCUACUGGAGAGUUUAGAGGUCAGGUAAACGUAGAAUACGACAAUGAAGUUGAGGCUAAGAAGGGUUUCACUGGCAUGAUGGGCCUUAAAGUAGAUGAAAGCGUUCUGUUUGUUAAGAGAUUGACAACUAUUAGUGCUCCAACUACUUCCUUGGAGGGUGAAGUAUUCAAAAAUUUAAUUGAAGACAAGCCUACUUGUUGUCUUGUGCUUAAAAACUGUGUUAAACUUGAGGAAAUGACUGAGAGAGAUGACUAUAAAGAGUUGGAAAAUACAGUUGAAGAGGAAAUGAAGAAAUACGGGCAAGUUAUAAAAGUUCAUUGCCCAAGACCACCCUUGUUUGGAGAUCCUCUAUCAGUGCCAGGAGUUGGGAAAGUUUAUGUUAGAUUCAGUAAUGAAAUUGAUUCAGAGAAAGCCAAGCAUGGUGUUUACAGAAGAAGAUUCAAUGGGAGAGCGAUCGAGCCAUUGUAUUAUCCAAUCGAAAAAUACAAUAAAAACCAGUUUGAUUGA